AUAUAUAUAUAUAUAUAUAUAUAUAUAUAAUCUAAAGACAAGGAGAUAUAAUAAGUACCAAAAAACACCCAUUUUAGACCAACUUUUAUUCAUAGACCAAUGGCAGAAGCAAGACAAAGGCUUGCGGUGGUGACAGGAGCAAAUAGGGGAGUUGGAUUCGCAAUAUGCAAGCAAUUGGGUUCUAAUGGAAUCAAAGUGGUGUUAGCAGCAAGGGAUGAGAAGAGGGGUCUUGAAGCUGUUAAGAAAUUGAAAGAGCUUGGACUUCCUGGCAAUGUAGUUUUUCAUCAAUUGGAUGUCACAGAUUCUGCAAGUAUUGCAUCAUUUGCAAAAUUCAUCACAACCCAGUUUGGUAAACUUGACAUCUUGGUAAAUAAUGCAGCAAUUGUAGGAGCAAAUGUGGAUGGUGAGGCUUUGGCUGCUCUUGGUGUUGUGGUAGAUCCUGGCCUUGUUGAUUGGGGGAAAAUAUACUCUGAAAACUACGCAUUAGUUGAAAAAAGCCUAAGAACUAACUAUUUUGGAACUAAGGAAUUAACGAGAGCUCUUAUUCCUCUUCUUCAGUGUUCAAACUUGCCAAAAAUUGUCAAUGUUUCUUCAUCUCUGGGAAGGUUGCAGGUUAUGCCAAACGGACGACCUAAAGGAGUACUAAGUGGUGUUGAAAAUCUCACUGAAGAAAAGAUUGAUGAAAUUUUGAGUGAAUUUCUAAAUGAUUAUAAGGAGGGUUCACAUGAAACCAAAGGUUGGCCCAUAUCUAAUUCUGGAUAUAUCGUUUCAAAAGUUGCUCUUAAUGCCUACACAAGAGUUCUUGCUAAGAAGUACCCUUCCUUUUCUAUAAACGCAAUAUCCCCUGGUUAUGUCAAAACAGAUAUGAAUCAUGGUAAUGGUGUCCUAACAUCUGAUGAAGGCGCUGAACCUAUCGUGAGAUUGGCGCUAUUGUACUAUGAUAGUCCUUCUGGCCUAUUUUUCUCUCGGGGUGAAGAGAAAUCAUUUUGAUAAAGGGAUAAUUUCAGCUUGAAAAAUAAAAUCACUGUCUAAGGAAUAAUAAUAUAUCAAAAAUAAGUUUAAACAUUAUUGAGAGUCUUGUUUUAAACUAAUUUUCAUGUACUAUACAAAUGAUGUUUUUGUAAUGUUAAACUUACUUUACAUUCUUUUUAAUAAAUAUGUUGGGA